CCGAACUUUGCGGCAUUCUGCGCCCUGAACCCACCAUGGCUUCGUCCGGGCCACAGAAGAUUUCCGUCAAGCGGAAGCGCGAUGAUGUCCCCGUGGAAACGCUGAUAAUGGAAACAAAUGAAACUACGAGGGCCAAGAGGGCCAUGAGAAAGGAUGGGGGAAUCAUCUGGAGAUUAGUUAAUGACGACCAAAAGCGGAUAUCGCCACGUGCUUCAAGCUUGGCCCCACGUCUAACGCGCUCUCAACCGGCAACCCCCCGUCCGCAUUCCCCUUCUCUCCAGGAGGCCCGUUCAUCAGGAACCGUGACUCCCAGGAUUUUCCAUCUUUCUCGUGGCAAUGAUAGGGCGAUUCUGGUUGAAAAGAAGGGUAUAAGUCAACCGGUCUCCUCCGUGGACAAGACGUCUUCCCCACUGGCUCCCCUUAGUUCCCCUGCUAGUCCUGUUCUAGAGGGUAUUGCGGAGAGGACACCUAAAAUUCGAAAACUCCCAGGGCGGAGUACAGUCACUCUAUUUCGACCUGACGACCAAAUAGUGAAAAGGUCGCAAAAUGAGAUUAAGCAGCCUUCAGAGGAUGUUGUUCAUAUGCUGGAGCAGUUUGCAGAAGAUAUCGCCAAGAAAGAAGCCGCACCUGUCCCUGCACGAAAGCAGCCAAUGAGGUUCAAACCAAGAGCUCCGGCGUUGAGGUACAAGGAUCGUCACCCAGAGAAGGCCGAUGCCAUGAAUAUCGAUAACGACGACUACGUUUACGACACCUACUACCGUGAAGAAGUUAUGCAAGAUGCAGAUGGUCCGGCUCUCGAACCCAGUGCGUCUGUUGGUAUCAUCGUUAUCGAAGAAGAUGACGAGGAGUUAUGGGACGGAUAUGGCGAGGAAGAGGAAGAGAGCGACCGCGUAUACACCGACGAUGAGGAUGAAAAUGCGGAGGAUUAUUAUGCGAAUGAUUAUCCAGAGGAUGAGCUUGAUUCCGAGGACGAAUUCGGCACUAAUCCGUAUCGGUACCAUCACGGUUCAGACCAAGAAGAAUACGAUGCGGUAAACGACCCCUGGAGUGACGACGACGUUGACGCAUUGGAUCGAGACCAUGACUUCAGGGAUAGACUUAACGAGAAGUCUCCUUUAAGAAAGCUUCACCUCGCUCGACCAGAUGAGGAUCACAAUAUGGAAGUUUUGUAAUUUCACGACCUUUCAUCCCAUCGACAGAAAUGGUGGUCUUAAUGUCAUAGAGAAACGAUGCUAGGAUUUAUCAUCGUGCAACCCUCCAUGAUCUUUGAGCCGAACCAGACUCACUUACAAACAAGGCGUUCCAAGUU